AUUCGAGGCACCGCCGCCGCCCUGGCACCUGCUCUCUAGUGCCCCUGUGCCCGUCGCGCUCGGAGACGAUGCUGCCAUAACGUUGCGAAAGUGAUUCCUUCCGUGUCCGACAAGGCGAUGGGCGGAAGGGGGUGAGUGCACGUCGCCACCGAUAUACUCAGCGCCGUAACGUAACGCAGGAGCCCGGAGUCAUCCGUAACGCAAUGCGACUGUGACAUGGUUGUUUCGAGUGAGAGAGCGUGAAAAAGUUCGGUCCGAUCAGUUGAUAGAAAAAUGUGACGCGGAAGUGACAGUCGCGGUGAGAGUAAGGGCGAGUGGAAGUGACAUCGUGCUGAGGGGAAGACUCGGCUGACAGGAAGUGUCCUGAGUCGUGAGGUCUGGCUGAUGAGCCACGCAGACGCCUCGGGUCCUCUUGCUUAACAUCUCAAAGAACGCGGCCGCCUCCAAGUGGAUGACGUGUGCGGGUCCAUGCCUGUGUGUGAAUUACUGAAGAGGAAAAGGAAAGUGUCCGAGUGAGCCGAGGAGCGGGACGAGUCGUGCCCCAUCGCGUGCGAGAGCUGAGGAUCCCCUCGGAACAUCCCUCGGGGCAAGAUGGUGCCGUCCCCCCCCGAGGCCUGGCCCCCGAUGGGCGGCGGAGGAGGGGCGUCUACAGGGGGCUCCGUGAUGGGCGGCUUGGAGGCGAAUUUGGGCGGGGGUGGCAGCGGCGGCGGAUUCCCAGGGGGCGCCGCGCCCGCCCAGCUGCUCAACUGGGUAUAUCUAACACUCGCGGACCAUCACAACCAGCAGGCAGCAGCAGCAGCAGCGGCAGCAGCAGGAGGAACGUCCCAACCAAACCCCCCGCCUCUAGACAGCACGCAGAACAAGAUGCUGCACGGUGGCUGGAACAACCUCAGCAUGGGCGGAGGCUCAGGCGUGGGCGGCGUGGGCGGUGUAGGUUCCAUGCCGCCCUCCUCCCUGGGCUCCCUGGCGGGCGGCGGCCUCAGCAACAUAAAUAACAACAUGGGCGGCGGCGUGGGCGCGCUCGGCGGGGGCGUGGGCGGCCUGAGCUCCUCAGGGAUGGGCGGCCUCAAUUCCCUUCUGAACGGGAGCAACGGGCUGAGCUCAGGGCUGCUGAGUGGGCUGACCGGCCUCACGCCCACGGACAUCUCGGCCCUGACCUCCCUCACCUCGCUCAACGGACUCACGGGAGGCUUCAGCAACGGUCUCAACGGGAUCAACAGUCCCGUUAACAGCAGCAGCUUAAACGGCAGUAUAGGAGAGCUGGCGGACCAACUGAAUGAGCUGACGUUGGGCCUUGACAAGAAGGUGAAGGGGAGGAAACUGCCGCCCAACUACCUGUGCCAUUUGUGCUUCAAGAAAGGCCAUCACAUCAAAGAAUGCCCGCAGGCACGACCCAAGGGCGAGGGCCUCACGCCGUACCAGGGGAAGAAGCGCUGUUUCGGCGAAUUCCGGUGCACGAAAUGCAAACGGAAAUGGAUGAGCGGGAACUCGUGGGCCAACUGCGGCCAGGAGUGCAUCAAAUGCCGCAUCAACGUGUAUCCACACAAGCAGGUCCGUGCUUGUACCCUAACAACUCGGCCCCUCGAUAAGCCAGACGGACUCGAUGUGUCUGACCAGUCCAAAGUCCAUCCACAACACCUCUGUGAGAAGUGCAAGUCCCUUGGCUAUUACUGCAGGAGAGUCAACUAGGAUCCUAAACGAUCAGCAGUUGCAAGGAGGUACACGCAAGGACACACACACACACACACACACACACACACACACACACACACACACACACACACACACAUACACACACACACACACACAACGUUUGCUAGUGUUUUUGCCUUUUGUAUGUACAACACAAGCACACAAACAAGCACACAUAUACAUAGCCAGCCACAAACUUCGAAUCCUGCAAUCGAACUUCGUCGCUCCUGAAACUUCCCUUCCUAGUCUCUUCCGAACUUCAAGAAAGCAAGCGAAGAGAGGGCGUGAACCAACGGCGAAGUCUUCCCUCGACCCUGCGUGGUCCUUCGAUCAACCGACGACACGGCAGAAAUGAGUAAUUUUAUUUAAAACGAGAAUUAAGCGAUUUAGAACUUUAGAAGUCAAUUUACGAAGUGGCAACUGCAAAAGUGAAGCCGAACGAGUGCAUUAUUAUUAUUUCUUUUUUACAUGUAGCCAAACAGUAAUACUCUUCUAAGGUGUGGAAGUUAGAGCACCCUAGAGCAGCUGCAGGCGGCUUGGUACCCUGUUUCCAUACCGUGGGAUCGUCCUCUAGUCUCGGCUCUCUGUGUGUCCUUCAAGCAGUGGUGUCACUGGGGCGACGUGCGCACGUGCACGCCAAGGUGGCCAGAGGCUGCAGUCGCCGUCACCUUUCGAGGUUUAAGCAGACAAAAGUUUCUCUUUUUAGCGGUUAACGUUGUAGAUCCAGUUACAGUAUCUGUCGUAUUCCUAGGCUAUAUAUUUUGAUUAUGUCGACUUCUUUUUGUGUUUAUUCUUACCUAAUAAUAACUCAAGCUUCUGGCGCCAGCCAAGCGUGUCUGCCACACCAGUAGUCACCACUGCGCUGUGUAUUCACACAUAAGUUACUAAUAUGUGUAUUCGUUUUAGUAUAUUUCUGUACUUACUAAAAAAAUAUGUAGUGUAUAAUGGUAUAUAGAGUGGAAAAUGCAAUAUCCGUUUUAAAUGUAACUAUCCAAUUUUGUAUGUUGAUAUAGGUUUUAAUCCCCAGCCAACAGGUCGUGCAAGGUGACCCGUGCUGAGCACAUUCUCGUCUUGCAGUGACGUGUUCCAAUACUAAUCUAAAUCAUUCUGAGUUAGUUAUACCACGUGCAUUCUUCUCUUUUAAGUGUGCUUUGAUGUAAUCUUGAUGGAGUAUGAUUGUUCUGUAGUCUUUCUUGCAACGGUUCUUUUAUUUUUCAAAACUCCUUGAUUGAGGAUGUUCGUUGUUCUUUUGUUCUUUUCCUCAUCACUCACUUGGUGCUGGCGCCCGAAGGCCCACGCGAGUGUGGGUGAGGAUCGCGCUGCCGGCCAGACCUCGGCGCUGCUGAACGAUGGUGCUAGUAAUCUUAAGGACACGUGAAGGAAACGGGUCUCUCCGGGGACAGGCUGGGGACGCGCUGUGACUGCUGAUUGGAAAUUGAUCCGAAAUACGGUUUAUAAAGUGCGGAGCAUGUCACAGAAAUAACAGCAUGAAAUUUAGAUCAUAAUUAUCCAAACUCACUGUAUAUAAGUAAACCAUUAGAUAAACAUGCCUUCGUCUUCCACCUUGUCUCCGAAGGGACGGUCACUUCCCGUGGUUAAAAUUAAGUAUACAAAAUUCUUGCUCUCUGUCCAGUGUGUUCUCCAGACUCUUCAAUCACACGUAUUACAAGGCGAAAAUUUUGCGUUAUUUUGAGGAGGCUAGGAAUACUUUAGCAACUGAGAAUAUCACUAACCAAUAUAUUUCCUGCAUGCAUCUCGUGUUGGUGUGGCCCACCCUGAGGCGAGAGACAACGCAAAACAAAGGAUAAGGAUAAGCUAGAUUUGCGAAGCUGAGCCUCGGCCGGGCCUCAGAAGCCCGUUCGUUAGCUCAGUCUUCUUCACUAUCCUCAAGAUGAUAUUUUGCCGUUAUGGAUUUGGGACGCAAGAAUAAAGUCGGCUUUGAAGAUUAUUUUUCGGCCUUAACAUAUCAGACGAUCCUGAUGUGUACCGCUUGUGACGAGUAGCCACGCCCCCUCGCAUGACGUCACGUUUGCCAGCGGAGACGUGCCCGCCGUCUGGCCCACGCGGUGGACACAACGCAAGAUGGCGACUUCAUUUUUAUUAUUUUAAUAAUUUCGUACAAGUAAAAGUCUCCCGCGUACGUACAAUAUCUAAAUAAGAAACGCCCAUCCCCCGUACGUUUAUUUCUGUAGUGCUCUUUCAUGUUAUCUGGAAAGAAGCCAAAUAACACACCGUUGUUAUGCAUCACACAUGUAGGGCUCGGUUCGAAAGCACUUGGGUACCGCUGCCAGAUUGGUCUCAACGAAGAUGAUCUGUACCCGAAGAAUUUUCUAAAAGUGGUUCAACUCGCCAUCUUGGUUGUGUCCACUUUGAUAAACUACGCGACAAAUCUUAAACUGAUGAUAUUACAGUCAGCAUCAGUGGUAAUGCAAUAGAGAGGAGAUAAGUAGCUUGAUUAUUUUAAUAGCAAGGAAAUCAAAAAUACCUGCAAGUAUAAGAGAAAAGUACCUGUUUUCGCUGGAUUCUACAGCCUGUCCAUACUUAUUUACGAUGACGCUUCUAAUCGAGCUGAGUUUUUUCUUUUACGGACUCGGCCAGACGGGGAUGGCAGGCGAAGUUGCUACACACGCAACGCUAUUCUUAGCUCUGUUAUUAGAGGUGUUUUAUCUUAUACCAAGACCUGUUUCUUGUUUAUUACUGUUAUAUUUCAUUCUUAUUCUUACAAACGACUUUCGUUUCAGCGAUUCAUCUAUGGCAAGUUACAAGUACAGUUUUCUGGUAAUCGGUUUGUUUUUUGUGAUAAAAUAAUUUCACCUUCAGUGCAAAGUACCAUUAACUAAUGAUACAUAUAAAGAUGCUUGAUCGUUACCUGCUCAUUCAAUUCAAUCAUACACUGAUUCCAAAACUAGAAAAGGAAGAAAAACUAUGCGCUGGCAAUUCACAGAACUUCCCCCUCCCCCAACACACAAAAAAGGAAGAAAAAUAAUGUUGAUAAUUAGAUCUCCUGCCUCAGCCAUGUUGUAUUCUUAGCCUCUGUCGCUGCGGCAAAGGGGUUUCCGAGAACCCUGUCUUUACUGUUGCCCUCGUUAUAGAGGCUUCAGGUGAAUGGGACUAGUUUCUCGGGGGCGGGCGAGGGGUGGCGCGGCCGGCGGAGAGAAAGAGGGAGAGGGAGAGAGGGCGCUGGUGGUCGCCAGGAGUACGGCUCUAAAAUUAGCGGCGGUGGCACCCUCUCGCCGCAGACACACUCCCUCCUCACUCCCUCCGACUUGUUUCCCUGCGUAAACUCUUAAACAAAAGAUUACCGAAUCGCCUUGUACUUUCAAUACAGAUAUCAAAAAGGUUGUUUUGAUGUAUCAUUUUACGGAAGAAAGAUGUGCAUAUACAUUUACAUACAUAUAGCCUAUCGCAUUUCAUAUACCAUACAACCAAAACGGUUUAAAACAUGAUUAUCUAUAGUUACAUUCUUCCCAACGUCAACUAAACAUAGACCAGUGAAACAGGAGAGACAGAGCUACGGUGCUACAGUGAAAAAGGCGAGGCGGAGUAAUUGCUUCCGUCAGCCCAUAGCAUCAACUCAUCCACUCAGUUCGUCGUGCUGGAUUCACUUCCUGUCGCCCUCGCCCGGAAUUUCUGUGUUGAUCGUUGAAGCACAAAUUCACUUUUGAGAGAUGUAUUCCGUUAAUAGACAACGAAACACAUUAAAGAAAGAGCUAGUAAUUGUAUAAGUAUGAAAUAUAACAGUUUUCAUUACCAACGUUGAAACCGAGUUCCAUAUAUGAUAAAAAGCACCGUGAGCGGUACCAUUGCUAAUAGACUCAACGGACGGGAGAAAUCUCCAGCUGAGGAAAUGCUGGCUCGUGGCAGAUCGAGGGACGUGGUCCCGUGACGGCCAGGGGCGCGGGGCUCCUCGUCAGGGCGCUUGUAAUUCCAUGGUCGGGCAGGGGGUGGGUUGAGGCCCCUGGAGGUUAACUCCUUGGCAUCGGCAUGUUACCCUUCGGAUUCUUAGGGGUGGCUAUUAAUUGCUAUAUAAAAAGUAACAAUAACAACUAAAUACUUGCAGAGACCAUCCGUGUUUACUCGUAUAACGGAGGAGUAACAUCAGACAUGUCUAGGAGCGUGGAGUAUGCACAGCCGUGACUCAUCCGCCUAGCGUGAGACGUAAAUCAUUCAAUCUGGAUCUAAAGUUUUCCCGCAAGAAGUCUGGUCCUUCUCAUCAGAGGACUCAGACAGCGUCCACUUAGAGGGCGACGGCACUUCGCAGUAUCUAGUGGCCCCCCCGUAGGCCCUCGGCGAGCCAUCUGACCCUCCCGGGUGCCCAGGUCCCCCCCUCACGACCUCAUUAUUCAUAGUUGUGUGUUGUUUACUGCGUCCACUUGUUAAAGACGUCAUCCUAAGACCCGAGAUGCGGUUCACGUGGAAUACGACGUAAGGGAGUAAUAGUGAGAUAGUGUGGAAUGAGAGUGUUGGUGUGCGUGGCAAUAGAGCGUGAGUGUGAAUCGAGGUCCGUGACAUGAAGAGAGAAAGACUGAAGUAAUCAAGUGUGAGGUGAGUGACGUGAGUACGAAGUAGCGUAGGAUGCUCUCUCUCGGAAAGAAUGGAGGAAGAUGAUGUGUUCUGUCGGGGAUGAAAGAAUGACAUCAUCUCUCAUCACCACUUAUCUCUCUUUCUCUCCCGUUCCCUCCCUUCCUCUCUCAUAUCUCUCUCUCUCUCUCUCUCUCUCUCUCUCUCUCUCUCUCUCUCUCUCUCUCUCUCUCUCUC